AUAUGUGAAGCCAAUUUCAAAUACUUUUCUUUUUUUAACAUUUAAUGACAAGCAGCUUAAUGUCAUAUUGUAUAUAUACUUGGAUUAUUUACUAGCUAACUUCAACUGUUAUUAUUUAGUGUUAAGUUGUAUUUAGCGGCUUUAGUUUAGGAUCUCAACUAGGCACACAACCUCGUGUACUAUUGAUACAAUGAGAAUAUUGUAAACUUUAAAAUGUAAUUAAUAUUGAUAUUAUUACUAAUCUGUAAUCUCUCCCUCAAAAAAGUUUUUGUAUAAAUCUGUGUUGUUUUCUAUUCACAGCUUGAGUUGAACUUGAUAGUGAUACUGAUAGAAUUAAAGAGCAAAACCCGUAGUUUUUUCCAAAAAAUUAUGUUACAAAAAAAAAAGCCAAAGAUCUGAAGUGACAAUAUUGAUUUCUUAAAUUCUUACUCUUAGCUUAAUUAAGUUCAACUGGCUAUUUUAUUAUUAUCAAUGUGUUAUUUUCAUAGCACUCUUACUCUUAGGAGUAACUUAGUCAAAAAUAAAAAGCUCAUGUUAGCGUUAUAACACUCGUAAGGCCUAAUUUGUAGUAUUGUGUUGUGUAUAUAACUGUAUUGUACAAUGGUAAAUGUCAAAUUGUAACAAGAAACCUUGCCUUUUAUUUGGGCUAUCUCUUUAUUACAGGACAAAUCUUAACUUCUUCAGUUCUUGAGACUAGGUGCAGAGAUUAGGUAUUAGAAAUAUGUCUACUUUAUAAUUUAAGUUUUGUAAACUGAAGAGGAUCUUUCAAACUUUUGGGCUCUUCCCUGGAGUACACAAAAGAAUUGAAUGUGAAGUAGAUUUGAUUUAGGUAUUCAACAUUGUUAGGAGUUUUCAGUCUUCCUCUUGGUGGUAAUGGUAAAGAAGAUGCAAGGAACAACCUUUAAGUGUAAAAAAUGUCGCAGGAUUUUGUUUUGUGGAGAAAUUGUUGUAAAUAGUCAUUGUGAGUCAGAAAGUUUUGCUGAAAACACCGUGAUUCUCCAGUCUGAGGGUUUUCAUCCAACAUGCAAUAGCGAUACAGUGUGGUACUUGAAAGAAGAGAAUUUGCAGGAUUGGAUGAUUGAGCAGAUUGACCAGGGAGACUGGAUCAAAGGAAAACUUACUUGCCCAAAAUGCCAUGGUAGGAUUGGAUCGUUUGACUUUGUUUGUGGGUUCAAGUGCUACUGUGAAAAAUUUGUUCUACCACCAGUGCAUGUUGUGAAAAGUAAAGUUGAUUAUUGCCCAGGUAAUGAAAGACAAUUGCAAAUCAAGAAAUUUCAUGGUAAGAUAGUAGUGUCUCCACCAAAGCAUGAAAUAGAACCUCAGGAAAAUGACCCAAACCAAGAAGUUAGACAUGUUGGGAGUGCUGAAGGUCCAUCAAGUUCAACCAAUCGUCCUUCAUUUUCAACUGGUUGUUUACACCACCAAAAAAGUGAUACAUGUGAAAAAGAAAGUGAUGGAGGUAACUUCAUCUGCAGAGAAGAGUCCUGAAAAAGUGGUUUCCAGUGCAGACCCAAGCAUAACUGUUUCACUUGCUUGUCCAGUAUGUUUAGACCUUUUUAUAAGUCCUUUUACCUGUCAACCAUGUGGUCACGUGUUCUGUGAAGUUUGUCUGAGAAGAAUAGCUAAGCCUAAUCCCACCAAAACUUAUUGCCCUAUGUGUCGUCAGCAAAUUGGUUAUUGUGAAGUUAACAAAGAAUGUGGUGAGAAAGUGAGAUCUCAAUUCCCAAUUUAUUAUCAAUCAUGCUUGCAUUCUGAGGCUCGUAUUAGCUCGCAAGUCACACCUUUGCCAUGGACACCUAAUUACCAUCGACGGAAACUACCAACACUGAAGCAGUCCUUUGUGCUAUUUCUUUGUGGAUUCUCUCUCCGAAAUCUGUGGCAAUCUCUUUGUCUCUCGAUGCCCACUAUUGUUAUUCUUGUGUUUUUAAACAUAGUAAGCAUUGCCACUUUUGUUCUGAGCUAUUUUGGUUGUUCUUAUGUUCCUACAUUUAUAUCACAGAUGUCUGUAAUUUUGUGGAAGAUGCUGAAACAUAGAGAAGAGCGUGUCACAAAAUACAGCUCCCUGAAUACUUCAGUAGAAAUAACUCUUGCUGGCUCCGCUCUAUUUUUCUUGCUCUUUGUGAUGCUUGGGGUUACAAUAUACAAAAGGUUCAGCAGGUUAACAGUUCACACUUAGAAAUCUGGAAUGUUUCCAGAUUUUCUCUACUUUUCACUAGCUAAUUGAACUGAGAAUUUAUUUCUUCAGAGCCAUUAGAGUAUCUUGUUUUUCACUUUAUAUAGCUACUUUUUUUUUCAAGAUAAUUCAGAAAGACUAGUGAUGGCUUUUAAUUGUACUUAUGUGUAAUAUAUAUAUAUAUUAUAUACAUCUAUAAUUGUACAUACACAUAAUUCUAUGUAGUACAAAGUAUUUCUCUAGAAGUUGUUAUUGGAAAGAGAGUAAUGUGUAAUGAAACAUAUGUUCUUUACUCGUAUGUAAAGAGAAACCACUUCUGGAACUGAGAUAUUAGAACUUCUUUAUGUGAACUAUUUCCUCUCAUGAUGUACUAAAUUUUGUAUAUAAUUUUUUUUCUUUUUCUCAAAAUACCUAUUAUAAUAUCUGGACUUGUAAUAUUACUUCUUGUUGUGUUCAUUGAGAAUGUAUGAUCUCUCAGUGUCACCAUAACUAAGACUUGGUGAAUGUUGCCUUUAUACUUGGUUCAGACAGUUAGUAUCAUUUAGCAUGGAUGUAAUUUGAGACACUGUUUUUUUCAAUGCUCUUGUUGAAAGGUUGGUGAGUUUCUCUGCUUCUGUGUUAAACAAAUGCGCACUAGUCGCUCUAAUGGACCAACUUCUUAUUGGAGAAAGAAUGUCGGCUGUAUUUCUUAAUUUACUACAUGUAGUUACGUGAAAUGUGGCAAGCUUUUAGUCAGAUUUACGGGUGUGUUACAAACGUAUUUGUACCCGGUACACGUCUGUAAAUGGCCAACGUCAGUCUGACAAGUCAGAGUGCAAGGUGAUGUUCUAUCCAACAGUUUGUUAAAUUUUCAUUACUUCUAGGACCUCCUAAAUACACAUCUACAGUAUCUUUCAGUAACCCUCUACCAUGAACUGUUGACAAAUCAGGAUUGUAAGGUAAAAUGAAUAGUUGAUUACUCUGACAUGAAAUACGUAACUGCAUGUUGAAUGUCACUUUGCAAAAGGUCGUGGCGUGUUUAAUUUGACCCCCCACAUAGAUUUAUAUAUGGAAACAAUAUAUCAAAUAGACUAAAGUUUAAGUUUCAAGUGCUUCAUUGCAUGACCUGGUAUAUAUAUUUAUAUAUCCCAUGUUCUUAAAACUGGAGAUAUUCAAAGAAAGAAUGAUCUAGAUCAGUGGUUUCCAAACUCUUUUAGUCUGAGGCUCCCUUGAUGUGAAUAAAAUGUUUUGAGGCCCCCCAACCUAUAACUUUAGCAUGGUGAUUGAAAAAUAGUGUUGUAGUAAAAAACAAUA